GUCAGUGUAUUCAUUGAGAUGCAGAUGCAGAGCUCCAUGUGUGGGUCAGUGUUAGUGAUAGUAUUGUAACACAGAUAAAGGACAGAACUGGACCUUAAGGGAACUGAAACACCAAGGAAUUGGCCAAAAGAGGAAAACAAACUAACAUGAAGCUUUUAAAGGAUCUGAAGACGAUGGGAUUUACAGCUUUUGCUCUGAAGCUUUGGAAUGACUGAGGAAAACUGAUGACCAGAAAAAAGGAGACAACACACUAGAGGUCAAGGGGAGACUCACAGAAGACCCUCUGCUGAUGGAAAUAAACACAACAGUGAUUUUUUUUCUUCCUUCUUCCAGCUGAUGACGCAGGCAACAUCUCUGUAAAGUGACAUGCUAAAAUGGCACCAGAUAUCCAAUGAAUAGGACUAAUAAACAGACAAGCUAAAAGGAUAUAUAAUGAGAAUAAGAGGACCUGUUCUAACCUGUGUGGCCUCCGCUAACCACCAAGCAUGGGCAAAGCAGAAAUGACUGACUGAUCCCCAGACACUAUCUGGAAUUACACAUUUAAGUGGCAGCUGAACUUCUUUAGCCAUGCCGGGAUGCUGGACAUACCAAAGAUGCUAGGGCUAAACAUGCUGGAACAUUGGUGCGUCUUUCUAACAGAGCAGUGAGGAUGAAGAGACGAGGCCACACCAGAGGCCAGAGGUUUGUCAAGGCUGACUACUAUGAGCUGGACUGGUACUAUGAAGAGUGUACGGAUGUGUUGUGUGCAGACAGAGUGGGCCAGAUGACAAAGACCUACAGCGACAUUGAUGCUGUCACCCGACUGCUGGAAGAGUUUUUGUUUGGAGCAGAAAGAGCGGGACCUUGAGCUGGCAGCUCGCAUCGGACAGUCGCUGCUGAAGAAGAACAAAACUCUGAGUGACAGGAACGAGCUGCUGGAGGAGCAGGUGGAUCACAUCCGAGAGGAGGUGUCUCAGCUGCGACACGACCUCUCCAUGAAAGAUGAGCUGCUGCAGUUCUACACCAACGCCGCUGAGGAAAGUGAGGGGGAGUCCAACACCUCCACACCGGUGCGUUUGAGUGAACUUAACGUGUCCACCCCGACCCCGUUUCCAUUGGACUCCCUGCAAAAGAAACUCAAAGAUUUGGAAGAAGAAAACAAAUCACUGCGAUCUGCGGCGAAUCAUUUGGAGACUGAAACGAUCUCGUACGAGGAGAAGGAGCAGCAGCUUGUCAGCGACUGUGUCAAAGAACUACGAGCUGCCAACCUGCAGAUUUCCUCUCUGGCAGAAGACCUGGCCAGGAAGAGCGAGGAUGCCUCCAGACAGCAGGAGGAGAUCACACACCUCCUCUCUCAGAUCGUCGACCUGCAGAAGAAGGCGAAGCUCUAUGCAGUGGAGAACGAAGAGCUUACUCAGCACCUGGGUGCAGCCAAGGACGCCCAGAGACAGCUCACUGCUGAGUUGCGGGAGCUGCAGGAUAAGUAUGCAGAGUGUAUGGAGAUCCUCCAUGAGGCUCAGGAGGAGUUGAAGAACCUGAGGAAUAAAACUCUACCUCUCAGCACCCCGAGGCGUUUCCAUACACUGGGUUUAUUCCCAAUGGACUCGCUUGCAGCAGAAAUAGAGGGAACUAUGAGAAAAGAGCUUCAGAUGGAUGAUCCAGAUGUAGAAGAGCAGAGACUGCACCCAAAGCGAGUUUUCCAGACGGUGAAAAACCUCAACCUGAUGCGUCAGCAGCGUUCCUCUGCAGCCCCUUCCCCUCUGAACAUCCCAGGGUCCAAUCAGAACUCGUGCUUCACAUCGGGCCUCUCCAGCAGGGUGGGCACACCUCGCUCCAACUCCAUCCACGGGAGUGAAACAGGAAGUGGAAUCAUCUUGGACAACAAGACAAGCAGUAUCCUGGAGGGUCCGGAUGACGGGUCGGAAGACUCCAACAAGCGGCCCCCUGGUACGCCGGGGACCCCAGGCAGCAGGGACCUGGAGGCAGCACUGCGACGCCUGUCGCUGCGCCGUGACAACUACCUCUCAGAGAAACGCUUCUUCGAAGAAGAGAGGGAGAGAAAGCUAGUCUACCUGGGGAAAGAGGAGGAAAAGGGAGAGGCUGAAGGCAGCAGGGGCCCAGGGACCCCAACAGAGAGCCUGCUGUCGUUCUGCUCGCAUCCGUCCUUUGGAAGCAUCUGGUCAGGAUACUCCAUCACAGCCAGGUCCUACCUGCCAGAGAAGCUGCAGAUUGUAAAGCCGCUGGAAGGUUCUGCUACCCUGCACGCAUGGCAGCAGCUGGCUCAGCCACACAUGGGGGCUCUGCUGGAUCAUCGGCCGGGCGUGGUCACAAAGGGCUUUUGCACUUUAGAGCAGGACCGGGAGCGGGAGGACAGCUGGCAGCUGGACCAGCCGGAGGAGGACGAGGCGUCGUGUGACUCGUUCACCGGCUUGUCAAGGGAGAGCCCUGCUCCGACAGGUUCGCUUCACUCUACCUCCGCCGGCUCCGCCAGCUGUAACAUCAAUGGCAGCAACCAGCUAGAAGGACCGAAUGGAGGAAUUAGUGGUCUGGAAGAGGCAGUGGAAGGAAAAGAUGGACUCAUCGCCAGUGCGCUCCUUUCCUCUUGCCCUUCCCCCUCCUCUCCCGGUCCCUCUUGUCUGGAGGGCAGCAGGCACACAGACCUCAAGGAGCUCCAACCCCUGCAACCUGCCACUGUGGACCGCAUGCCUGUCCAUUUCCCAGGGAAAUGUCUCUCCCACACCAGCUCCACCUACACCUUCACGACCUGCAGGAUUCUCCAUCCGUCUGAUCAGCUGACCUCGGUGUCCCCCAGCUCUGCAGUAGCGUUUUGUCAAAGCAGCUCUGCCAUCGGCACGCCGACCCACACUUCCUCUCCCGUACCCUUCUCCGCCCCACACACGCCCUCCUACACCCCCUGCUGCACCCCGCGCCGCCUCUCCCUUUCGCGCUCUCUCGGCGAGUCCUCCACCAACUUGAGAGACUCCACCAAGACCACCAACACCUCUCUAGGCCUUGUGCGCCUCCUGCUGGAGCAUGACAUUUCUGCCUCGGUGUACGAUCCUCGCAGCUGGGAUCCAGGGCUGGGUGCCAGCGGCGCUUCAACGCCCACAGGAAGAGUGCAGGUGCAGAGCAGAGCAGCCAAGUCAGGAGAGAAUGAAGUCAGACAGCUGGUGAGGCGACCGGACACACUCCUCCUUCAGCCCUGCUCCCCUCCGAACUCCCCGCCCCAGGAAUCUGCUUCAGCCGCCACGGCGCAGCCUGCGUUUCAGAUUAGCCCUUCGAAGGAGGAUCCGCCGUAUUAUGAUGCCUUCCUCGCCUCCAAACCGGCUCGCAUCAUUCUGAGGGAAGUGCUGAUGGAUCUAGAGAGAGAGUACAACGGCGAGGUGGAUGAAGACGGCCAGAACGAGGUGGCGAACCUCGGACUGGUGGACAAACUGAAACGCUUCCGAACGCUCUCCCCUGUUUCCACCUCGGUUUCCUCCGGGAGCGGUCUGCUGGCUCCCUUCAGCUCCAGCGGACUGGGUGGGGGGCUCCCGGGUUUAAAUGCAGGAAUGCGGAGGAACCGAAGCUAUCCUGCCAUGGUGGGGGCCAGCAUGGCAAUGAAAGACCCCGGUGGGCCGCCCGGUGCUCUCAUCCCACAGACGGCGCAAACAGACGAAACGGGCAAAGUGCAAACACAUCCCUCUGUCGUCAGGAAAGCCAUUCACAUACCGCAGACUUUACACGCACUGGAACCAGUCACACCACAGACGAUAAUACAGAGACACGCCCGGCCAGACUGGGAUUCAGACAACUCAGUAACACAAGGCCAACACAGUGAGGGUCAAACCAGGACAUGGUAGGAAAAACUCAGUACGUUAGGCCAAAAUCACAGCAUUUCAAUACACUUUUCACGUUAUUAUUCCACAUGUACAAAUACAACGCCAAAAAAUAUAUUAACGCACACUUUGUCUGCAAUAGCAGACCGGUACAAUCCGCCCUCAUUUCCCCUUACAGCCGUUAAUCUGUGAACCUGAACAAAAUGUCGGAGUGACGACUGAGAGCAGAAGUGGCUGAAACUGUUACACUGUUAUAUUUAAAUACUGUCUGGCCAGAUUAACGACGGAGUAUGCUGCCUUCCUUUGUGUCAUUAUUGUACAACGUACUAUAUAUGCAAUAUUCUGUGGCAUAUAGUAUAUUAUUAAAGCCCCAGUCUGGAGUACUUUACAAUGUGGCUGAAUUCAUGUGCUAUGUAUAGAGAUGCACCGGUUUCUGUGGCCAGUUUCCAGGCUUCAGCUCCAGUCCUCAAGAGCCUACGUCCUUGAACUGGUCCAACAUACUUGAAUCAAACCAAUAGCUCAUUACCUCUGCCCAGCUGACCAGAUCGAGGCCUUUAGAUGAACUCUGAGACUGACAACGUCUCUAAUUUCAACAGGCGUCGUAGCAGUCAGAAGAUGAAUGCUAAAAUGGAUUU